AUGCACACGGUUUUCAAGGCCCGACGUGCACCUGCCGCCCGCGCUGCCCUCGCAGCUUUGGGCACUGCAGGGCUGACCUGGUUGGUUCCCACCCGGGCGCGUGGCCUGUCAAGUGAGGAGCCUCCAGGAAAGAAGAAGGCUGCUCAGAGCUCCAAAGAUGAGCUUUGGCAUCCUUCUUGGGUGGAAGCCACCGGGGAGCGAACGAUUGCUCAGCGCCUUGGAGCUGGCGCCCAGGAGGGAGAAAAGAUGGAGCUGUUCACCUCCUGGUUCUGCCCUUUCGCACAGCGUGCUUGGAUUGCCCUGGAGGAGAAGGGUGUGGACUACUCCUACGUGGAGAUCAACCCAUACGAAGUGGACCCGCAGCUUCCAGGAGGAUACACGAAGAAGCAGCUGCCUAUCGAAGUAAAGAAGGCAAUGUACCCCGACUUCGUGCAGUCUUCCCCAAGGGGUUUGGUACCGGCUGUGGCAGAUCCAAACGGAGACAAAGUUUGGGAAUCCCUGCACGUCGUGCAGUAUGUCGACGAACGCUUCGAUUACCCUCCCUACUUCCUCCCGAAGGGGGAUCCGCUGAAGCGGGCGCACGUUCGAAUCUGGUCCGACUUCGUCACGGAACGGAUGCAGAAGAAUUUCUACAUGCUGCUGAUGGACCAGGAUCCGGAGAAGCAGGCCACCGCCAAAGGGGCCUUUUUCACAGAGUGCCGCACUUUCGCCAAAGCCAUGAGCACAGACGGGCCCUACUUCCUUGGAAAGGAAAUUUCCAUGGUUGACAUUGCUUUGUUCCCCUUCUGGCAGCGGUUCCUGUGGGUCGGCAGCCACUACCGAGGCUUGGUAAUGCCUGAUGAUGCGGAGUUCCGCCGGCUACAGUCCUGGUGGGAGGCAUGUUCAGAGCGGGCGGCUUUCAAGAACACCCUGGUCUGUCGUCCUCGCCUCAUCUCUUCCUACAGCCAGUACAGCCGUAACGAGGGCACCUCGGACUACGCGAAGAACCUGCAGAGCUCUUUGAGUGGAGCCAAGAAGCCCUGA